UUACACACCAAACAUAAUUGAAACGGUGGCACUGAAGAUUUCAACUGAUUCGAAUAGCACAUUAAAAAAGGUGCGCGUUCAAUUGGCGAAAACAAAGUGGCGCGCGCGGAGAAAAUUUGAGAUCUUCUAGAAAAACGGAAGAGCGACAAGGCUAUUUAAAGACCUCCAGCAGGAAAUUUCUAGAACUUCGCGAACAGACGUCUGACUAGGCAUCGAGCUGAAAUUUUCUGUAGAUUGGUGAGGCCUCUAGACUCUAUGUACACCACAUCGUUGAUUGAACAAUCAUACAAUCACCAUCACGAUGUCCAGAGUAGAAGAGACGAGAGACAGACUGAAAACAAUCGGCGUCCUAGGCUUCCCAUUCUCGAAAGGACAGCCCCGAGCAGGAGCGGAGCAGGGCCCGAGUGCUCUGAGAGAAGCUGGGCUCAUAAGUGACCUCGAAGCUCUAGGUCGGAGAGUUAUCGAUCAUGGCGAUGUUGCCAUUAAAGACAUUGAACUAGAUGAACCAGUUCUAAAUGUGAAAAACUCCAAAUCUGUUGGAGAGAAUAACAGGAAGCUGUCCAAAAGGGUAGCCCAGAUUCUGGGCUCCAACCAACAAGUUCUCCUGUUGGGCGGGGACCACAGCAUGGCCAUAGGGUCAAUUCACGGCCACGCCCAGGUCGAGAAGAACCUGGUGGUCGUGUGGGUGGACGCCCACGCCGACAUCAACACGCCUCUGACGUCAUCCAGCGGGAACAUCCACGGCAUGCCGCUGUCGUUUCUGGUGAAGGAGCUGGAGAGACACGUCCCGAAGAUUGAGGCGUUUGACUGGGUUAAGCCUUGCAUCUCAUCACGUGACCUGGUCUACAUUGCCCUCAGGGACGUUGACCCCGGGGAGAGGAAGAUUAUCGAUGAUCUUGGCAUCUGCUGCUUCUCCAUGCAUGAGGUGGACAAAUAUGGCAUCCGUGACGUCCUUGACCGCGCACUGUUUCACGUGGACCCAAGUGGCAAACGCCCAAUCCACCUGAGCUUUGAUGUGGACGGUAUCGAUCCUGAAUUUACUCCAUCCACAGGAACACCAGUACCUGGAGGUUUAACCAUGCGUGAAGCCAACUACAUCGCCGAAGAGAUCUGCCUCACAGGUCGUCUGUCUGUCGUUGACAUUGCGGAAGUGAACCCCCUGCUGAGUCAACAUGUCAAGGAUGGAGCCGAGAAGACGGCGUCCAACACCGUGCAGCUCAUCACCAAGUUCUUUGGGCGGAAGCGACAGGGCAACUACCCAGAGGGCUACAGGAUCCCCCUGCCCUGAGGUCACUUCCCAGUGGCGUCAUACCCCUGUGAUGAUUUUAGUUCUGACGUCAUUAACCUGGUGAGAAAUGAAACUGACGUCAUGAACAUUUUGAGAAUUUUUGUAAUAUUUUUGUAAAUUCCAAAUUUGGAAGAAGAAGAAAAACGAACACAUUUCACAGCGUGAUUUUUCUGUUUUUAAUUUUAAAAAAGGCAGUGAUUUUUUGUUAGAAGUGCUUUAAUUUUUUAUAUACGCAGCUUUUUUAUACUGAAUUUAAAAUGUAAAUUUUUUUCAUAAGGUAUUUUUUGUAGCCUACAUACAUAUUUUCCCAUUAUUUAAAUAAUUUCAAAUUUAAGAAAGUGGGUUUUUUUUCUUUUAAUUUUUGGAAAGUUGUUAAUUUUGCAAAUAUUUUUUUUUAAUAUUUACCGCAAUUGAAUUAUAAAUUACAUUUAAAAAAAUAAUUAAUUACUGAUUCCCCUGUACGUGCAAGUAAUGGCCCUUUUUGGAAUAAGAUACUGAUAUAGCUGCAAGGGAAACAACCGUUGAUGCUUUUACAACACUUAUCAUCAAUGAUUCCUUUAAAAAAAUAAGUGUUUCCCUACAUUUUGUUAUUAGUAAAUUAGGUGUUUAUUCACAAGUUUCAUUAAUACAUUAUUUUUUUUAUUAAGUUACAAUACCUGAUGUAGUCCUUAAGUUGAAACAGUUGUUUUAAUUUGUUUUACCAGUUUUCACCAAAUCAUACCCAUGUGAUACAUUCACCCAACUAUACCUAUGUGAUAUAUGUAUAGCAUAAAGUGUGAUUUAUUUUUUAGAUACAUUUUAUACGCUUCAUUUUUAGAGCUGUUAUUUUUGUUUUUAUGCAGAGAUUUUAAAUCUUGCAAAAAGAAAUAUCACUUGGAAAUCUUUAGAUUUUACCCUGUAAAAAUGGAUGCUAUCCUAAAAUGUAUACAAGAGUAACAUACAUCCGGUUGAUUUAAACUGUUUAAACUUAAUUCUUUCCAGAAAAUAAUAUUUUUUUGUUCAUCAUUCCUGAACUAACAAAUUCGUUUAUAUCUUUAUGAUAAGAAGUUUGUUAAUGAUUUUAGUCAUCAAGAAAAUAGUUUACAUUUACCAAACACUUUUUUGUGUUUGACAUCGGGAAAAAUAAAAAGUUAAUUUCUAAUUAUUUACCUAUUAAUUUUUUAGAUAAUUAUUUUUAAUAUACAUUUUUAAAUUCACUCAAUAACUAACUUCAUGUUAAAUCAGUUUAGUGAAUACUUAAUUAGCAACAAAAUUAAAUGUGGACACCAUUUUAAAAACAAAUUAUAAAACACCAAUAGAAAAUAUGUGAUCUGUCUUUUAAGGAAACAUUUUUUUUUUAAAUUUGAUCAUUGAACACUCAAGAGCUAAGAAAUAUAAUCAUGGCAGCUUUAAAAUUAAAAAGUUUAUUAGAACAUUUCCAUUUUGUUUAUAUUGUUAUGAAAUGAAAAGUUCAAUAAAUACCGGUGAUACAAAAG